AUGGCUGCAGCUAUGAGUGGCAAAUUCAAUGGCGUUCAAGCUUGUAUUAGGGAGUCAUAUCAUAGCACAAUAUAUGUUCAUUGUAGUGCACAUAACUUAAACCUAUCUAUAUCAUAUGCUUGUAGUGUUCCCAGUAUCAGAAAUGCUAUGAGGACAAUAGAAAGCAUUUAUGCAUUUCUCAAUACUCCAAAGGGACAAUUUGAGUUUACAAAACAUUUAAAUAAAUUUAAGGAAGAUACUUCUUUUUCAAGUCAAAAAGAAAAAUUAAAAAGACUAUGUCCUACUCGAUGGACUGAAAGACACAAUUCAAUAGAUGUAUUUUAUGAUUUUCAACCCGUAAUUAUAUCUUGUUUCGAAGAAAUGAUACUAUAUUCAAAUACUGAAUCAUCAUCAAAAGCAGCUCAGUUACUUUCAGCUAUUCAAACAUCGGAAUUCAAUGUAAGUCUUAUUAUUAUUUAUAAAAUAUUUCAAUAUACAAAAAAUCUUUGCACAUAUUUACAAAAACAAAACAUAGAUUUAUUUCAAGCNAUUUCAUAA